GUUAACAGUUGUUGUUGGGUGAACUAGCAACUGCUGUGCGUAAAUUUAUCGAAGACACCCUACAGAAUUUGUCACUAGAACUGCCAUACCUGAGGGGUCUGCAGUACAGGCUGUGUGUUGCAUGUCCUUACUGCCAUCAAGGGACAGAAGAACCACGUCAAGCAUGCUCAGACCACAUAAAAACCACUUGCACACACGAGAACUGCUUCCAUCUCAUUGAUGCAAAUGAAGGCCAAGCAGCUAUCUGUACCAGAGAACUUUGGGAUGAAGUACGUCCUUUCUGUGGGCUGGAAAAGUGGUUCGUGAAAAGAACGAGCCAGGGGUCGUGGACUUUAAAUGUUACCGCCGAAUCACAGGGUGUAGCAGCUGGAGUUAAUCUAAGGAAGUCUGACAUGGCACUGAAGGUAACUCUCCUGGGCAGUGAGUGGAGUUCAUCCAUGGGAGGCUUGUCCACCAUAAACAGACAGCUUGCCAUUCUGUUGGCCAAACAUCCGCAAGUGGACGUCACUCUCCUUGUUCCACAGUUUGCCUGUUCUGAAGAAGAGAAGAGAAUGGCAACGAGUCACAAUGUAUCCUUGAGAGAGGCACAAAGACGCCCGGGUUAUGCCGAUCCCCUUGACUGGCUGAGUGCCCCACCAAGAGAUCUGGCCAUUGACAUAGCACUGGGUCAUGGAGCAAAGCUUGGUAAACAAGCUCAAUUUAUUAGAGAAUCGCACCAUUGCACGUGGAUACAGGUAGUGCACACUGCACCUGAAGAACUUGGAAUGUACAAAGACUAUCCUGAGGCCAUUUCUAAAGGAAAUGAGAAGAACAGAACUGAAGUGGAGUUGUGUAAGUUGGCAGAUGCUGUGGUAGCAGUUGGACCAAAGUUGACAAAGGCUUACUCUUCCUACCUGCGCUCAUGCGAGAAGCACCAAGAUAUAAUUCAACUGACGCCGAGCACGUUCAGUGAGUUUUCUGACGUAAAACAAGCUGCAGUUGACAUGGACAAGUUUAAGGUUCUAACGUUUGGCCGUGGUGAUCCAGAGGACUUCAGCCUGAAGGGCUACGAUAUCUCUGCCAGAGCAAUAGUUGAACUGAAAGGCAUCUUGGUACGACGUAUUCUGAGUCUUAAAUUCCAGCAAUUCUUGGGCUAUUUGAUGGAAAAGUGUGGACGAAAUCAAAACAAUGAAGGUACGUUUAUUGAAAACCAUGUUUUUGGGAAAUAA